AUGGAGAUGCCCAACACUUCAUCUCUGGAUCCUCCAGUGGUAACCCUGAUUGGAAUCCCUGGUUUGGAGCAUGUGCAGUUCUGGAUUGGGUUCCCCUUUUGUGCCUUGUGCAUGGUGGCCUUGCUGGGGAAUGUCCUUUUGUUAAUAAUUAUUCCCUCAGAACGCAGCCUCCACCAGCCUAUGUAUGUAUUUCUGGCUGUGCUAGCUGCCAAUGACCUGGGUCUCUGUGCUUCCAUAGCCCCCAAGAUGCUUGCCAUAUUCUGGUUCAGUGCUUGCACCCUGACUUUUGAUGCUUGUCUUACACAGCUUUUCUUUAUUCAUGCCCUGCAGGGCAUGGAAUCAGGUAUCCUGUUAGCCAUGGCCUUUGACCGCUAUGUGGCCAUCUGUAACCCUCUCCGCCACUCGGCUAUCCUCACACCAUCUGUUCUGUGUCAGCUGGUUGGGGUGGUGGCAGCCAGGGCUGUAAUUUUGGUGAGUGUGGUGCCUGUCCUGCUCAAACGCUUGCACACCUUCCAUUCCACUGUUGUAGCUCAUUCAUACUGUGAGCACAUGGCUGUGGUCAAGCUGGCUGCUGUAGAUACUCGGAUUAAUAAGGCCUUUGGUCUGUUUGUGGCUUUUUCUAUCUUGGGCUUUGAUAUGGUCUUUGUCCUUGUCUCUUACACCCUGAUUCUCCAAGCCAUCUUCCGCCUUCCUCAGAAAGAAGCAAGGAUCAAAGCAUUUAAUACUUGUACAGCACACGUUUUUGUUUUCCUUGAGUUCUAUGUUCUUGCCUUUUUCUCUUUCUUUAGCCACCGAUUUGGCCAUGUAGCACCAUACGUGCACAUACUUUUGUCUACCAUAUACCUCCUUGUACCUCCGGCACUUAAUCCCAUUGUCUAUGGUGUAAAAACUAAAGAGAUUCGAAUUCGAGUGGUAAGAAUAUUUGCCCCAAAGUAUUGCUCCAUCAAGUGA